GGCCAAAUUGAAUGUCCAUAUCAGCUAGUUAUUGAGCGACAGUACAGUUCACACGGUAUUCUCAAUCUCCAAACAUUAGCAAUGUUUUAACAGACAUGUUGAUAUUAUAUGUCUAUUGAUUUCGACUCGCUGAUCACUGUCGUAUCACUAUCGUAGAAGGUGCAUCCCACAGAAGGCAAGGAUGAGUCGUUUUCUGAAUGUUCUGCGGAGUUGGUUGGUCAUGGUGUCUGUCAUUGCCAUGGGAAACACCGUCCAGAGUUUCAGAGAUCACAGCUUCCUCUCUGAGAAACUCUACACGGGGACACCAGAGUUUGUAAAUGGCCUCCAAGCAAGAACAUUUGGAAUCUGGACAUUGUUGUCGUCAAUUAUCCGCUGCGCGUGUGCCAUGGACAUUCAGAACAAAACGCUCUAUCACAUCACCCUGUGGACAUUUGUACUGGCUCUGGGACACUUCCUGUCUGAAGCCUUCAUCUACAAAACGGCACCUCUGACCAUUGGCGUUAUGGCACCUCUCAUUGUGGCGAGUUUCUCUAUCAUGGGAAUGCUGAUUGGGUUCCAGUGUGUUCCAGAGCAUCAGGAAGAGGUGGGUGCACGGCAGAAGAAGCGGAACUGAUUCCAAGCAGCAGAAAACUGUUUUAGCCCAACUCUAGAGAAAGCUGCGGGAUAGUCUACUGCUUCUUGCCUUGAAGAAUGAGUGGUAUAUUUACUAUACUGUAUGUACACAAACACAAGAGUCCAAUAUAUGUGAAAUUUUUAAGACUGGAUAUGCAAUAAGUGGGAUUUAUUUUGAGGUGACUCGUUCCUGUGCUACGUGAUAUGUGCUACAAUAUACUAUGGUUUUUAUGGCUACAGCUGUUUCACUCUUACACUGAAAAUUGAACAGAAAUUGUCUAUCAAUGUUUCAUGAUGUACAAUAAUAAUGCAUAAAUGUAGAGAUGAUUUAUGUAUUAAUUAUGGUUUGAUUGUGUGAUAGGGCUUGGGACUGUGGAUUUUGACAUCUGUCAUUCACAGUACUUUAAUGGAGGAUCUCAACAUUGGGCCUUUUGUCUUGCUUUCUAAACGGAUCUGUGUGAUUUCUGUAUGUUACUGGAUUGUGUCUGUGGUGUAACAUGUUCAUGAAUAAGAUAACAGAGAGCAUUUAUCUCAAUUUAGUUUACCAGAUUACCCGGUGCAGUUGUUCACAGUAUCUGAGAAUUUGUCCAAACAAUGUCUACAAACCGUUUUAUAAAACUAUGAUUGUCCUUCAUUACAGAGUAUGACAAGCCGUACCAGUCAAAAGUUUGGACACUUAACUCAUUCCAGGGUCUUUCUUUAUUUUUACUAUUUUCUGCAUUUUACAAUAAUAGUGAAUACAUCAAAAUUAUAAAAGAAAUCAUGUAGUAACAAAAGUGUUCAAUAGAUUUUAGAUUCCCACCAUUUGCCUUGACAGCUUUGCACAUUCUUGGUAUGCUCUUAAACAGCUUCACUUGGAAUGCUUUUCCAACAGUCUUAAAGGAGUUCCCACAUGCUGAGCACUUGUUGGCUGCUUUUCCUUCACUCUGUAGUCCAACUCAUCCCAAACCAUCUCAAUUGGAUUGAGGUCAGGUGAUUGUGGAAGCCAGGUCAUCUGAUGCAGCACUCCAUCACUCUCCUUCUUGGUCAAAUAGCCCUUACGCAGCCUGGAGGUGUGUUGGGUCAUUGACAAAUGAUAGUCCCACUAAGUGCAAACCAGAUGGGAUAGCGUAUCGCUGUAGAAUGCUGUGGUAGCCAUGCUGGUUAAGUGUGCCUUGAAUUCAAAAUAAAUCCGACAGUGUCACCAGCAAAGCACCAUCACGCCACCACCUCCAUGCACAACCUCACAUGUGGAGAUCAUCCAUUCACCUACUCUGCGUCUCACAAAGACACGUCGGUUGGAAUGAAAAAUCUAAAAUUUGGACUCAUCAAAGGACAGAUUCCACAAAUUAUAAUGUCCAUUGCUCGUGUUUCUUGGCCCAAGCAAGUCUCUUCUUAUUAUUGGUGUCCUUUAGUAGUGAUUUCUCCUCUGAACAGUUGAUGUUGAGACGUGUCUGUUACUUGAACUCUGAUACAUUUAUUUCGGCUGCAAUUUCUGAGGCUGGUAACUCCAAUGAACUUAUCCUCUGCAGCAGAGGUAACUCUGGGCCUUCCUUUCCUGUGGCGGUCCUCGUGAGAACCAAUUUCAUCAUAAAGCUUGAUGGUUUUUGUGACUGCACUUGAAUAAACUUUCAAAGUUCUUGAAAUGUUCUGCAUUGACUGACAUUCAUGUCUCAAAGUAAUCAUGGACUGUAAUUUCUUUGCUUAUUUGAGCUGUUCUUGCCAUAAUAUGGACUUGUUCUUUUAAGUAGGCACACCUGUUAAUUGAAAUGCAUUCCAGGUGACUGCCUUUUGAAGCUGGUUGAGAGAAUGCCAAGAGUGUGCAAAGCUGUCAAGGUUAAGGAUGACUACUUUGAAGAAUCUCAAAUAUGAAAUAUAUUUUGAUUUGUUUAACACUUUUUUGCUUACUACAUGAUUCCAUAUGUGUUAUUUCAUAGCUUUGGUGUCUUCACAAUUAUUCUACAAUGUAGAAAAUAGUAAAACUAAAUAAAACCCUUGAAUGAG